AUGGAUGAUUACUACUCCAGCCCGCCUGCUGGUUUCACUCUUCGGAGAAACGGCUCCUGUGCCGCAAAUGAGAAAGAAUGCGACAACCCUUGGGGCCGCUGGUAUGACUGCUGUCCUGAAGGCACGUAUUGCUCAUCUGAAAGGAGUGAUAAUGAUCGAAAUGUCUGUUGUCGUACCAAGUCAGGGUGCAAAGCAUUAAUCGAACAAGAUCCACACUGCGCCAACAAUGAGACCUGGGACCUGUAUAUCAAUAAUCAGGAUUACUUUUGCUGUCUGCAGGGGAAGCGCGGCUUUGUGCAAACCUUUAGCGAAGGUGGAGCAGGUAUUGCCUGCGCAGAUCCGGGAAGCGGGGAACUGGAUAAUCCUUCGCAGAGUUUACUCAAUCUCGUUGCAAGUGGUGAGCUCUAG